UGCGCGCGGAGGAUCAGCGCGCAGUAUGACACAUGACGGCUCCUCUAAGCUUAUUGCUUUUUGUGCCUCCUUUCAACAAAAGACUGUGCGCCUGCAAUCUUACUUAACGAUGCUCACUUGACUGCAUUUGGCUUGCGUUUGGGCGCGCGCGGUCAUCCAAGCACCCACGCGUCCGUGCAGCAUGUACCGCUGAGAUGUUUUGGGAAGCAAUGAGGUGUUGCAGGGAGAAAGGGUCAAUUGAAGACGGAUUGAAGAGCACACGCAAUCCUGAGAUCAUCCAGACCGGACAGUGUCAGAAAUGACGGGUUUGGAGCACCAGUGCUGUAUCACUGUGGGACUUUAAUGCUCCCCAAUGGAAUGCAGAAGAAAUAGCGGAGCUGCCGCAUUGAAUGGAGUUGGCUUGUUGAUUCACUCAUUAACGGAUUAUACCAAGCGUGCAUUUCUCCAAAACAGAUAGCAAAAUGCAUCGAAAGACUGUGGUUUUGUUUUAAGUCAUUCAUUUGAACGCCACGAAGUGCGUUCCUGUCAGUGGAGGUAAUGUGAGGCGCAUUGUUUAUAGUGUUGUACUGUGUAUCUAGUGUUUUGUUUUUGAACAGUGUUCACGCGUCUCGAUCCGUGGUGCUGAUCCGCGCGGGAUGGUCGAGACGCUAAGCAUCGCCGUCAUCGGUGCGCCUGGAGUCGGGAAAACUUCUAUCAUCCGUCAGUUUAUUUACAAUGACUUCAGCGAGACGUACACCCCCACCCAGACACGCUACGUGUACCGACCUUCUGUCAUCCUUAACGGUGUGAUGUACGACCUGAAGAUUUUAGACGUCCCGCCAAUUUCUUCCUUUCCUUCAAGUCCCAGUCAGGAGUGGUUGGAUGUACGGUGUAGAGGGGUUCGCAGUGCAAACGCCUACAUUCUGGUCUAUGACAUCUGCUGUGUGGAGACCUUUGAGUACGUCAAGAUGAUACGACAGCAAAUCGUGGAUAGCAGAGUAUGCAGCAGUAGUGAGGUGCCCAUCCUGGUGGUAGGCAGUAAAAGGGACCUUCAGCGGCAGAGAUUUACCCAGCGCAGGGCCGUGUCUGUACUGGUAAAGAAGACCUGGAAAUGCGGUUACGUUGAGUGUUCAGCCAAGUAUAACUGGCAUGUGCUUCUGCUCUUCAAAGAGCUCCUGGGAAUCGCCGUGGCACGGGGACUUCGUCCGAACCACACCUCUAUUCGCCUGCAGGGGGCACUGCAGAGGAACCGCUGUAAUGUCAUGUGACAGAUAUGUAGCCUUUUUAUCAACGCACCUUAUAGCAGACGUUGGUAAUGCAUGCUUAUUUACGACCUGCUCGUCUUGUAUUCUUUAAAUAUAAGUCGAGGUUGGUCUUAGACAAGCACUGAAAGUCAGCUUUGCUAUAGUGCCGAACUUUCCAACAAAAUGAAUAUGGAUAACUGUCAAUCAAAAUGGCUGGAAUAUUAACACCUAGGGGCCUGUAGGAGACUGAUGCAUAAAUGUGAUGGAUUACUCCUGGUUUCACUUAUUCCUGUGUACUCCAAUUAACAGGAAAUUGACAUUUCUGAAGAGGAACCACCAGAUAUGGAAUAUGGAAAUGUUUGUCAUUUUACCAAAAUUUGUCAGUGUAAAAGUGUGGCUCAUGUGUUUCGAGUAUUAUUUGUUUACUCUUCCGGCUCUCUCUCUCUCGCUCGCUCUCCCUCAGUUCAGACACUCUGUGUGGGUGCAGGUAUAUCCCCAUGUGACGGAUACUUAGCGGAGUACCAAGGGAUGUACUCAGGGCUCCUGCAUAAUGAAUACAAUUCCUGUUCCGGAUCCAUGUUGGCACAUUUCCCUUUUCCCAGGCCGCUUCAUUUAAUUCCUUAAUAUUCAAAGAGCUGAUUGCCAGCUAAUCCGCAGGUAUAAUUAAUGAAUAAAUUGCAUCAUCAGUGACCAUAUUAGCUACAGUGGAGCUUGUACACUUUUAAUGGGUCCUAAAGUGUCUUUAAUAUGUUAUAUAACUACAAAUGUAGACUGUUAGCAUAACCAUUUUAAACACUGUUUUCUUGUUAAUGACAAAACUGUACAUUGUCUUUGUUAGCAAGUUUUACGUUUAUUUGUCAAGUGUACAGAUUGUCAGUGACAGUAUUGUACAUCGAAGCUUAAAGGUGCAAUGUGGGACUUUCAGAAGGAUCUCUUAACAGAAAUGCAAUAUUAUAUACAUAACUAUAUUAUUAGUGGUGUAUAAAGACCUUAAAUAAUGAACUGUAUUGUUUUUAUUACCUUAGAAUGAGCCGUUUUUAUCUACAUACACUACAUGGAAGUCGACGACAUGUUUUACAAUAGCCCUACACUGACCAACUUGUCUUUAGAGCGCAAUUCAUCCCUACGUUUUCUCAGAUGACGACAUACCGUAGCUUCUCUUUGCGUUUCGAAAUUGAGGGGUGAGCUGUGGACUGAGCUGUUGGUUGCAAUUCGCAAUCUCAUAACUAAAAACCCACACUGCACCUUUAAUGUGAGGCACAGCAGGAAUUUACUAAAAAUAAGCUAAAGAAACAGAGUAAAAAAGAGAGUAAUAGUAGUAAUAAAUCUAUUAUGAACAGUAUAUGUCUUCAUCCGUCUUCAACAGUGUCUUCAUCCAGUAGCUAUCUGUAAAAUAAGUAGCAUCGUUCUUUCUAAUGAACCCUUUCUGAUGUUUGACCUUCUCUAGAUGACCUUUCAUACACAUCACUCUCGUUUAAUGUUAGGUCUCACUGUGUAUCCAUAAACAACGCAGGAGAAGGCUGUUACCCUGGGCUUCUUUCCAUCCACCUCAAGUAUUGUUAUUGUUAUGCACCAUAUACAAUACAACUACCGUACAUGCUCAUCAGCAGAUGCCCUGCUAAAUCAAGUUACCAUGGCAAACCUCCUACCUCCUAAAUAUAAAUAUGUACAUUUAAAGAAACAAGGCACAAAAUAAAGUCUUCCUCUGGCGAGUAAGUGAGGUUUUGUAUAUAAAUUUCCCACUGGAACAAGCUGGGAAAAGUGACGAUAAAGCUAGCAGAUAUUUUGGGAUAUCCCAUAAAGCCGAAGAUUUUUGCUGAAUUAGGAACAAACGCAGACACAAACAGAUGCAGAGGAGGUUAUCUCCUUUACCGCAUUGGGCUGCAGUCUGUAAGACGGUGGGCGACAGAGAAAUCCACUUCUUCCUCUCUAGAGCAUAUCUGAAUGCAGAAUACAUUAAAGUGGGAGUGCUUUAGUGUCUACAGAGAAAUUACUGUAUUUUCUGCUGAUCUAAAAAGGCUUUUAACAGUCACGAUAAGCUUCAAAUGAACUAAAACAGAGAGUGCUCUGUGGCGAUGUGCUGCUGUGUGAUUGGCUGGCUGUGAUGUGUAUGAUGAUGCACACCUGUCAUAUAUACUCUAUCUUUAGGUAAUACAUGGUGGAGCUUGUGAAGAAGGUUUAUUCGACCGAGAUAACUGAUCCUUGCAGACUGUGAUUUGUGUCAUCGCAAAAACUUCCCAGGCCAAUCUGCAUACUUCUGGAAACUACAUCCACCUGAAAAGCUUUCCCGUGUCAAAACAUGCAGUAAUCUUCUCACAAAUGCACCUCUGACAGACAUCUAUGCACUUGUACACACCUCUUAUAUAGCUUAAAGAGUUUAGAUGGAUAAAUGCUUGGAAAAGUUAACCUCUUCAUAUUUUAGAUUUGUUUCGUUUUAUCAUUCAAAUAUUCAACAGCCUUGUGUCUUCUGUUAAAUGGAGCUGCAUGCUUUGAUUGGCAAAACCAAAAUCAUUCAGGGGUAAAUUGCACUAAUGUUCCUAAUGUAUGUAAGUGAAUACAAGCAGAUCUUUGUAAAUGUAAGAGUGUUUUAUUUCUUUUUAAUAUUAUUUUCUUAUUGUUUGUUUGUUUGUUUGUUGUGUGAAAUUAGCUUAGCAUGUUGUUUAAGUGUAAGUGAUGGAGAAACAGUCAGGUUGGUAUUAAACUGCAGAGAUGGACUGAAAUGUUGCAUGCCAAACAGUGUUAUGUGCUAUGGUUGUGGAGUGAUGACCAGACAACAUGUAGCAACGUCAUGUUCUUGUAACUUCGGGAAUGUGUACUGUGGUAGUCAUGUUAAAGGUUUCAGACAUGCUGAAUAUGGAUUUUUUUUGUGUGUGGGAUUGUUAGUUUGUUGUGCGUUUUAGAUUUUAAAGGGCUACCUGCUUUUUCUAAAAUUGAAACAAAUGAUUGCUUUUCUUUUUAGUAGUCGUAAUGUUUCAGCAA